AUGGGUGUACUCUCUGGGACGGAAAUAAAGAGAUACUUGAAGGAGAAAAAACUUACAAUCGAGCCUUUUGAUCAUGCUAAUAUCGGUGCUGCAAGCGUUGAUCUAACCCUCGGAAACGAAUUUAGAUAUUUCAUUCAUCAUAACGGUCCAGUGUCGAUUAGUGAUGAAGCUGAUGGUAAACCUUAUUAUCUUGGGCCUGGUCAAAUGUGUUUAGGAAUUACCAGAGAGAAUGUUAAAUUACCAUCAGAUUUAUGUGCAUUAGUCGAGGGAAGAUCAAGGUUUGCUAGGUUGGGGUUAUCAGUACAUAUAACAGCAUCAUUUAUAAAUCCUGGAGUAGAUAAUCAAACAGUUUUAGAAAUAUUUAAUGCUUCAAGUUUAACUUUAGCAUUAUAUCCUGGAACAAAAGUUUGUCAAAUGAUCUUUAUGACUAUGGAAGGUAAAGCUGAAUAUAAAGGAAUUUUCCAAGGUCAAGCGUUGUAA